GGCCAGGCAUCGCUCCACGUGCCAGUCAGUAUCUGCUGGAACGUGAGGGAGAGUGCACGCACCUCCCUGCUGCUCUCACUUUUCGUUGAUUCCAAUCAGUGUGAUGUAAUUAUACAGCAAAAUACAGCCAGAUGUAUUAGUAGAUGCUAAGAAACCCAUGCUGUGCCUUCACUAUUUUUAACCUCUGGCUCAGUGCGCCGUGAAUUGAGGAAAAAAAAAAGUUGAAACUAUGCGGCUUAGAUGGUGACGAUAUUGAUAGUGAAGUAUAGCUGGUGGCGAUGUCGAUAAUGAAAUGAUUGGUGGCGAUAGUGACGUAGAUGGUGAGGAGUUUUGAUGAUGAAGGGGCGUUAUUAUUUGGCUGAAACACGUGGAAAACUGCACGGAGUUUGAUCGUCUUGGACAUUGAUGAUUGAACGAGGAGGCAGGGAGGACGGGCGCCAUGCUGCAGGAGAACUGUGAUUGGUUGAGGGCGGUGUAGGGAGAGAAAGAGAGAGUGAGAGUGAGGGAUGGAGAGGGCGUGUGGGCGGGGCGGGGUGAGGAGUGGGCGGGCUGUGGUGGGUCUGGACACUCACACCCUCCCUGGCAACUUCCGGACCCGCGCCCGCCCACCCUGCUGUCAGCCCGCUACCCGCCCACUGCCCGAUGACCUAGAGUGCGCGGGCUGCCGACCUGACCUCUGCCAAGGUGGCCCCUACGCCUGCCAGGGGCCACAGGGACCCUGGUGCGAGGCAGGGGCGUGGCGGGAGUGUGCGACGUGCAGACUGCUGGCCACGCCUCCUUGUGCCUGCCGUGACCCCUGUUGCCUGCAGGCCACGCCCACGUCUCCGCUGACCUGCACCUGGGUGGAGCAGGCCAGGGAAGCUGCUCCCCAGCAGCAAGUAGGCGCCCACGCCGCCUACCAGGACCUGCAGGUGACCCCGACGGCGUCUGUGUGUGAGCUCCCGAAGCUUCGUAGUGUGGAGGACCGUCUGACCACAGCUCUGGGUCACCCCCUCGACACCCGCGGUGAGUCCUUCCUCGAGACUCACCCCCUUGAUACCCACGGUGAGUCCUUCCAUGAGACUCACCCUCGCGGUGGGUCCUACCACCAAAUUCACCCCUACGGCGAGUCCUACCACAACACUCACUCCACCUCUAAGUUCCUCGCUCAGUCCGGCGAAUUCUCAAUCCACCAAGUCCAGGAGUCCGGUCAGGCUGUACCAAGCAGGACUCGGGUCCAAGGACAGAGUCGGGCUCAGGUUCACACUGACAGAACUAACGCCCACGGUAAAAGACCACCUUACCUUCCCGCCCAUUCCGACGCCCACACCGACGCCCACACCCACCACAACGCCAGCAGCCACAGAGGGCGCCACUGCCACCACCUGGAGGAGGAGCUGACCAAGGGUUGUAGGGGUAUACGACGCAGCCGGAGCGUGGAAAGUCUUCCUCGCGAGAUCGAGGACCACCUGCUCAAGUGCCAGUGUUCCUGCGACCACCUCGGCCAUGGCAACUCGUCCGCGCCGUCACUACCCAGCCUCCCGGGGCUCACCAACAGCUGCUCCUCGGCCUCCUCGAGGUCCAGCAGCACCGCCAGCCGUGACUCCAAGGACCUCACUGAGAUCAGGAACAAGCAGCAGACAGGAGGGGGCGUGGAGGUGCCGGCCCACGUGUGGGGGGGCCUGUGUCUGGUGCUGGUGCUGGCGGGCGUGGGCGGCGUGGGCGUGACCGUGCCCCUAGCCCUCAGGGUCGACCCCAACGCUGGCCUCGCCGACAGACUCAACGUCGCUACCACCUUUCUCAAGGACUCCCCGCUAGUCGACGGGCACAACGACCUGCCGUGGAACAUCAGGAAGUUUAUGCACAACAAACUUCACAGCUUCAACUUCACGGCCGAGCUCAAGAAGCUUCGUCCUUGGUCGCGUUCCUCCUGGUCCCACACCGACCUGCCCAGGCUCAAGGAGGGUAUGGUAGGUGCCCAGUUCUGGGUCUCCUACGUGCCGUGUGAGUCUCAGCGCCUCAACGCCGUUCAACUCACCAUAGAACAAAUUGACCUGAUCAAGCGCCUCAUUGACCAGUACCCAGACGACCUCCGCCUCGCCACUUCCGCCGACGAGGUGGAAGCAGCGUUCAAGGAGGGACGCAUCGCCAGCCUGAUCGGCGUGGAGGGCGGCCACGCCAUACAGAACUCCCUCGGCGUCCUGAGGGCCCUGAGGGACCUGGGAGUGCGCUACCUGACCCUCACCCACACCUGCAGCACCCCCUGGGCGGAGUGCGCCAGGGCGCGGGAGACGGACCUGGAGGACCCUGACUCACCAAGGGGCCUCACUCACUUUGGCAGGACGGUGGUGAGGGAGAUGAACCGGUUGGGGCUGCUGGUGGACCUGUCCCACGUCUCACAAGCCACCAUGAAGGAGGCGCUGGAGGUGUCCAGAGCGCCUGUCAUCUUCAGUCACUCCUCCGUCUACGCCAUCUGCAAGAACCCCAGAAACGUCCCGGACGACAUCCUGAGGAAGGUGGCUGUCAACGGUGGUCUGGUGAUGGUGAGCUUCUAUAACCACUUCCUCACCUGCAGUCAACACGCCUCCGUCAAGGAUGUGGUCGGUGAGUCUCUUGCACUGAUAUAUAAACACGUUUCCCGUCAGUAUUAGAUUCGAUAAUGAAAAGCGUGGCAUAAUGUGAAAUGAAUAAUAAUUUCCAGGUUAAUCAAGUGAUUCCUUCAGGAAUACUUCUUUACCAGAGCCUUGGCGAGGCACUUUGUGCUUCCCUCGCGGGAUCUCAGCAGAGGAAUUGAUGGUAGAGAGAGAGAAAGAGAGAGAGAGAGAGAGAGAGAGAGAGAGAGAGAGAGAGAGAGAGAGAGAGAGAGAGAGAGAGAGAGAGAGAGAGAGAGAGAGAGAGAGAGAGUUUUAUAGAUGCUGGUUAAAUAACGAGUCGUGGAUUACAUAUUUUUAAUACCACGUUGGUAUUACAAAAAAAUACCAGUCCCACUUCGAUCGAAUAUACUUAUGGAAAUUAAAUUGUUCAUUCCAACAAAGGUAAUAAUGAGAAUUGAUGGUCAAACUCACUCACUCGAAUGAGAACGUCGCUACCUGCAUUUCUAUACUUGUCCGUCUUGCGUUCUUAAAUAACUCUUUCCAGAUAUCUUUAGUGUUUUUUUUCCACUCAUGGAAAUAUUAUCUGGAUAUUACUCGUAGCGGAUAAUGUGUACUCAUUGUUUAAAAUUACCUUUGAGACAUGUUUUUGAUUACUCGUACGUUUACUCGAAUCCGUAUCCUCAUGGCAUAUCCAGGACCAUACUUUCACACUUAAGAUGUAAACUGUUUACUUUUCCAGUACAAUUUACUAAAAUCGUGGGACCUGGGUGUCGAAACUGCUUUAAAAUAUUUCCAAGCGACAUAAUAACGUAAUGUUAUUUCAAUCUAAAGUCAGCCCGUGAUGACACGAUACUCGUGCCUGGUAAAGAUUUAUAGAUUUGUCUUUUAUUUUACUGUAUUCUUUCACGGCAUUCGGUUAAGGUUUAGGUUAAGCACCGGUGUGUGUGGCUGGCAGCCGGAUGGGUUCCUGCGCGAAUGGACUAUAGUGUCUUUAGCUAUGGCGAUCAUGCUGUACUGAAGGAGCACAUACAUGGACACACACUUAAACGUGUGUACGUGUGUGUGUGUGUGUGUGUGUGUGUGUGUGUGUGUGUGUGUGUGUGUGUGUGU